AUGCCUUUCAUAGAAGCGGUUACACAAAUGCCUAAGUGCGCGAAAUUCUUAAAAGAGCUACUUACAAAUCGAAAGAAGUUGGAAGAGGUGUCCAAGGUAGUACUUAAUGAAAAUUGUUCAGCUGAAAUGUUGAACAAGUUGCCAAAGAGUACGGGUGACCCCGGGAUGUUGACUUUAUCAUGCCAAUUCGGUAACCUAGCCACUAGUUAUGCAUUGGCGGAUUCGGGGGCGAGUGUUAAUCUCAUGCCAUACACUUUCUUUAAAAAGUUGAACCUUUCGGAGCCGAAACCGAUUCGUCUAGCAAUUCAUUUAGCUAACAAGAUGGUGACAUUUUCAAGGGGAAUAUGCAAGGACUUAUUGGUCAAAGUUGAUAAAUUUGUAUUCCUCACAGAUUUUAUAGUGCUAGACAUGGAAGAGGACCACCAAGUGUCGAUCAUCUUUGGAAGACCUUUCCUAAACACCGUGUAA